AUGAAGCUCACAACUACGCUUCAGGCCGUCAUCGGCUCGGCCUCGUUUCUCUUCGCGGCCCAACCCGCUCUUGCAGGCCACGUCCACGGCGGCCACCGUCACGCACACGAGAGAUAUGCCAGGAGGCAGAACCACCACAGCCACAUGGCCGGAGAGGUCAUUGGUGCCUCCAGAAUCGCUGCGAGAAAGGCCCCAUGCUCCUUGCCAAAUGAUCCCGACCUCGUGCGCGUUCCCGGUGACGUUAACAACGGCUUUGCCAUGAGCCCUGAUGAGCCUUGCGAGGACGGAAAGUGGUGCCCGAUUGCUUGCAGGUCCGGAAAGGUUAUGGCCCAGUGGAAGCCAAACACAAAAUAUACCUAUCCGGAAUCCAUGUAUGGCGGUCUGUACUGUGAUGGCGGCAAGCCCAUGAAGCCAUUCAGGGAGAAGCCAUACUGCGUUGAUGGCACUGGCGCCGUCAAGGCCGUCAACAAGUGCGGCAAGGUCGUGUCUUUUUGCCAGACCGUUCUUCCCGGCAACGAAGCCAUGAUCAUCCCAACAGAUGUCUCCGACACCAUGACCCUUUCCGUCCCAGAUGCCUCGUACUGGGCCCAAACCGCCGCUCAUUAUUAUGUAAACCCCCCAGGAGUCGAUGCCUCCAGGGGUUGCGUGUGGGGCAAGAUCACCGAGGCGAUCGGCAACUGGAGUCCUUACGUCGCCGGCGCCAACACCCAGAGCAGCGGAGAAACUUUUGUCAAGAUCGCCUGGAACCCCGAGUACAUGACCACCGACAACUCCAAGAACACGCCCACCUACGGCCUCAAGAUCGAAUGCCCCGACGGCGGUUGCAACGGUCUCCCCUGCGUCAUCGAUCCCACCAAGAGCGGAGUGGGUGGUGUGGAAAGCCCCAACACCGCCAGCGUCGAUGGCGGCGCCAACUUCUGCGUCGUGACCGUCCCCAAGGGCAAGACCGCCAACAUUGUCGUCUUUAACACCGACGGCUCGACUGGCGAGAAGCCCAAGCCCAAGGAGGAACCCAAGCCCAAGCCCAAGGAGGAGCCAAAGCCAACCCCCAAGCCAGAGCCAACCACCGUCGCCAAGGUCCCCAAGACGACCGCCGCUCCUCCAAGCAGCACCACCGAGGCCGCCUUCUCCAUCAAGAAGGUCAACCCAACAACCUCCAAGUCAUGGUCCUCCGAGUCCACCUCGGACCCCUACUUUAUGGGUGGUAUCUUCCUGGAAAGCACAGCCGUUGGUAAAACCAAGACCUACUCCGACAUCGAACCGACCGCCACUGCCGAGACCGUCACCACCACCGAAGCCGACGGAGCCGAUUCCAGAGCCGCCGCCGCCGCCGCUGCUGCUGCUGCUUCAACUUCCCCAAGCAACGAAGGGGGUGCUGCCGACCACGGCGGAAGCGCCAUUGCCGGCCUUGUCGUCGCCAUUGUUGCUGCUGCUGCCUUGCUUUAA